ACCCCGUAACACUACUACUACGACAAUUCUUGAUUUGUCACAGUCAACGUCACUGUUCUAAAAUAAAAAACAGCACGCCAUCCACCAUUCCGAAACUCCAUCCUCCAAGAACCACUAGUUUUCGCCCUUCUCCUCCUCGUCGUCGUCCUCCUCCUCCACCGCCUGCGGUGGCCACAGGCUGCCGGCGGAGAACUCUUCCCACAAUGGCUCUGACACAAUACCAAUCCCAUUUCUUCCUUUUCUGUUUCUUCACAUUGAUUUUUCUUGUUCACUCGAGGCCAUCUCUUCUCUCUUCUGACUUUGACGCCCUCUUGCUCGUGCACAAAGGCUUCGGCCUCGGCCUCCGCCCCGCUCCAGAGAGGAAUCUUUGUGAUUCCUCCGGGGUAUUCUGCGAGCGGCGAAUCGUGAACAAUUCCCAUGUUCUCAGAGUUACUCGUGUGGUCUUUGAAUCCCAGCAGCUUAAGGGAAGACUUUCUCCUGCCAUUGGUCAACUCUCCGAGCUGAAAGAACUCUCCUUGCCAAACAACCUACUCGUCGACCAAAUCCCAGCUCAAAUCGUCGACUGCCAGAAACUUGAGGUCCUCAACCUCGGAAACAAUCGAUUUUCUGGGAAAAUUCCAUCGGGGUUGUCGUCUUUAAUCCGUCUCCGGGUCCUGGAUUUGUCGGCAAACAGGUUCACGGGGAAUCUUAAGUUCUUGAAAUACUUUCCCAACCUGGAAAAACUCAAUCUUGCUGACAACAUGUUUGCAGGAAAGGUCCCGGUGUCUUUGAGAUCUUUCCGGAAUCUCAGAUUCAUCAACUUAUCUGGCAACGGUUUGCUCGAGGGUGCGUUGCCAUUGAUGCAUAAUGAUCUAGAUCAGUACUUAUCCUCGGAAUUGUCUGAAGAGAGAAUCCCAAAACGUUAUGUUUUUGCUGAAGUUUCACAGGGCAAGAAUGAGUCCCUUUCCGCCGUGGCGCCAGCUUCAAGCCAGGGCUCUAAUGGCGCCGCAGCCCCGUCCCCAAUGGCAGUACCAAGUCAUAAACACAAGAAGAAUGAUAGAAAGAAAAUACUUGGUUGGAUUCUUGGAUUCUUGGCUGGAGGUUUAGCAGGAAUCGUCUCUGGAAUGGUGUUUUCUAUGCUUUCCAAGCUGCUCUUGUUUCUAAUCAGAGGGCGUGGCAAGGAUGGCAGCUUGAAAAUCUUCAGCCCUCUGAUCAAGAAGCCCGAGGACUUAGCUUUCCUGGAGAAAGAAGAUGGAUUAGCAUCCCUUGAUGUUAUUGGAAGAGGUGGAUGUGGAGAAGUUUUCAAAGCUGUUCUACCCGGAAGUAACGGGAAAGAAAUUGCUAUCAAGAAGAUAAUUCAACCCCCCAGAGAUGCAGACGAGCUCACAGAAGAAGACAGCAAGAUGAUGAACAAGAAAAUGCGGCAAAUCAGGUCGGAAAUCCAGACCGUAGGUCAGAUAAGACAUCGGAAUUUGCUUGCCCUGCUAGCCCAUCUGCCCCGGCCAGACUGCCAUUACUUGGUCUACGAGUACAUGAAGAAUGGCAGCCUUCAAGACUAUCUCCAACAUGUAAAAGAAGGUAAAAAAGAAUUAGACUGGUCGGCUAGGUACAGGAUUGCUCUAGGAGUGGCUUCCGGGCUCGAGUAUCUACACAUGAAUCAUUCCCCUCGCAUUAUCCACAGAGACCUGAAGCCAGCAAACGUGCUCCUGGACGAUGAUAUGGAGGCCAGAAUUGCAGACUUCGGGCUUGCAAAAGCAAUGCCUGAUGCUAACACUCACGUUACAACGUCGAAUGUUGCAGGAACCGUGGGAUACAUCGCCCCGGAGUAUUACCAAACGUUUAAGUUCACGGAUAAGUGCGACAUAUACAGCUUCGGUGUGGUGCUAGGUGUUCUGGUGAUGGGGAAGCUGCCAUCAGAUGAUUUUUUCCAGCACACGGACGAGCUGAGUUUGGUGAAAUGGAUGAGAAAUGUGAUGACUUCUGAGGACCCGAAACGAGCAAUUGAUCCCAAGCUGCUGGGAAAUGGUUAUGAGGAGCAGAUGCUCUUGGUUCUUAAAGUUGCCUGCUUUUGUACUCUGGAUAAUCCCAAAGAAAGGCCUAACAGCAAGGAUGCUAGGUGUAUGCUGUCUCAGAUAAGGCAUUAGCUGUUGAAGAAAUGUUAUUCUUGUAUUGUGAAUGUAUGUUGUGUAAGAAAGAUGCAUUAAAUAUGUGUGAUUCAGUGAAUUGUAAUAAAAUUGUUUUCCAGGGUUUUUCUAAUCAAAGUUGCUUUCGGUUUUGUAA